AGACGCCGCGGGAAGAGAAGUCGUCUGCUGUUGCCCGUAGUUCUCUUGGCGUGGUGGUGCGCUGUGUGGCGUGGUGUGGCCAGCUUUCGCUUUCUCGCUGACUGCACCGUUGUUGUGCCAGGAUGCGGCCUCACAUGCGACUUUGGAUACUUUGCGUCACAGGCGUGGCAUUGCUGGGCAGUUGCCGAUGGCGCGACAACACCUGCUGGGCCGCCACCACGGCGCGGUUUGGUCGGGCCACUAACGACACUGACGAUGAGGUCAGCGGCGGCAGCAGCUCGUGCCACAACGAGGUGGUGAGCGAAUGCGUGCGCAAGCUGGACCUGCUGUCGCGCAACAAGAGCCUCGCGUUCGCCACCACUGAGGCCGAGCUGAAGCGCAUAUGCGAUCACCUUACCGACGCCAUGGAAUGCGUGAACGGCUUCACGCGGCGCUGUUUCAACCAGCGACAGCGCGAGAUCUACAGGCGGCUCACCAGCGGGGCGGCUCAACUCAUUGAAGAUUUCUGUCAGGAAGGGUCCAGAUUUAGGAUGACGUACCUGAAGCAUUCGAAGUGCUACAAGCAGUUACAGGACGACUACAAUUACUGCGCAGCGGUCUACAUGGCACAGCGAGCCGAGCUUCAAGGGCAGAUGCUAAGCACACAAGAGAAGAUACGACUUUCUUGCUGCCAGAUGGACGGCUACAAAAACUGUGCCAAGACGGCUGUGCUCCGGCGUUGCGACGUGGAAGCGGCCGAGCUCGCUGAAGACAUCAUCGUCAAGGCUGGUGGCUACCUUGUGUCGACGCACUGCGCCGGGUACCGAAUCGACGAGCCUACUUGCAGUAGUUGUUCGGCAAGGGUCGCCCUUACAUUGAGGGCUACUUUGGCUGUUUUCGCAUGCUACUUUAUAUUUUCCAGACGACAAUAGACAUAGCCUCAAUUAAGGCACUCUGUGGCUAGAGGAAACGAAGUUUUGCGGCUGGUGCGCAGAGGUGGGGCAGUCAUCAAGAAGAAAAGAGAGUUCAGCUGUGGCCAUCGCAUCUGCGACGCUCAAAGUUUCUGUGAGCUGCAGGAUUUUCUUCUUCAGAAGACAGUUGCCAUCUUAUUCUACUAUAUAGCUGCGAGAAAACGGGAAACCUGUAACCCCGACCGGUACCCUGACCACUGUCAGUGGUCGGAGUACCGAAUCGGAAGCUGUGACCAAGAAGUGUUCGAGAAAUGUAGUCAUCGCGUUGUCGACGAAUAUGGCUUCGCUGACGUGCACCAGACGUCAACAGCUCUCUUCGUGCUCAGUGCAGACAGAGGACGCAAAGUGUGGCGAUUAUAGCGGUAGGUGUUGAACCUACAGCUGCGAGCAAGAGACAUUCACGACGUUUGCAGUGCACUUCACUUGGACUUGGUCAAUGACAGAUUUAACCUUGCAACACAAGGCACGAAAGGGAUCGCAAUGGUAGAACAUUGACUUGCUGACUCAUUGCUUGUUGGCCAGGGCUCGGUACUUGUGACUUCUUCUGGGUCCAGUGUCACUCUGUUAAAUCUGCUCUUUACUACGAUGUCUGGGCAUUGACUUGCCGACAGUUACGAACCUUUUAAUUGUCUCUCUUCUGCGCAAGACAGUAGCCAUUGUGCUGAGGCUCACCGCAAACACAGGAUGUGGAUUGUGUUGGUUUGACCUCAGUGGUUAGAUACCGAAGUGGACUCAACGAGCAACAACCGUCCACGGAUGCGCUCAGUGUCCUGCCGAUGACGGUGGCCACUGUGGAGCGUCGUCUCGCCAACGAACUAUUCCUUCAACGAAGAAUUGUGUGGUGAAAGAAAGCAAACUGAGACGGUCAUUGUGUUGUGUCGACUGCAGAUUUUGCGCACAAAGAAACAAUGAAGAGAGAACGUUACCGUUGUCUGUGUUUUUAGUGACACUCAAACACUCAACUCUUUGCGCAUGCGGUCAAGAGAUGUGGUUUACUUAGAUGGCCACUGGCGGUCGUUUUCUCACCGCCAGUGCACUGUCGCAAAACACCGUAAAAAUGGUCACUAGUAUCUGAAUUUACGAGUGCUUACUGAUGCCAAGAAGAAUUUUGAACUGUUUGCGACGUUUCAAACACUCACAAUGUGCGUGCUUGCAUCGAACGCUGGAUAUUUUUAUUAUCCUGCUCAAUCAACUCGGCAAUCUUUAUAACCCGAACCCACAAAGUGCGGGAGGCUUGUCCAUGCACUCAGGAGACCAUAUGUGUGAUUGAAUUAGAGCCGCACUUGCUCGAGAUACCGGCUUUACUAAGUCGGUAUUUUCUCGGUUACAAUCCGGCAUUAUCGUGUUGGCUUUCCGGAGAUCCGGUCAAGGAGAAAGAAAGAAUCUGGGCAGACAUUGAUUAUAUAAUAGGACGAAGAAGGCUUAUAUGUCACAUAAAUCAUUCUUCGUUCUGAUUCCCUUUCGGAAUGUCGUGGCUAGACUCCUUGCCUAAAUUGAGUGACAUUUAUAUGCAGUAUUACGCCUUAGUGUUAAACGCUCUUUUUUGAGAGCCUCUUAGGAUAUUUCAUU